AUGAAGAAGGCAAUAUAAAUCUCCUUAGGGUUGUGUGUAGGGGAUGAUUGUAUCAGAACAACUAGCUCAACAAUUUUACGUCUUAUUAUCAUUCUGGGUCGUUUUGAUUUUGGUGGAUUUUCUUUAUAAUUGUGUAUUCUGUAACACGUAUUGUGAGAUUUUAAAAUUCGUGAGUGGUCAAUGGAGAUCUAAACACAACCUAGGUGAGUAGUUACUCGCGUGCUGUGACGCCAUGUUCAAGGAGUCAGUGAAUCACUUCCAGGAACUGUCCUGCCAGUUGUUGACCCACAAGGAACGUGACGCCCUCCAGAAAGUUCUAUUCAACUACCAGAAGACCAACGACCUGGAAAAGUUGUGCUCGGCUCUGAAAGUUUUGCUCAACACGCCGGAGCGGAGCAAGUUGUUUGCUUACAUCCGGGCUCCUAUGAGCAGGGCCGAGAGGCAACAUUUUGAUCAGCUGAUCUGGGGCAACAAGGGAAAGGCAAGCAGGAAAAAUUACGGUAGAAUCGCCACGCCUCCUAACACCAUGACGUCAUCGGAGCAUUACGUCACGAUUUAUGGAUCACGGGGUGAAUCUAUGGGCUUCAGUAUCAGAGGCGGGGCAGAAUUCGGACUGGGAAUCUACGUCAGUAACAUCAAGCCUAACUCUCCGGCGGCUCUAGCCGGCCUGCAGGUGGGGGAUCACGUGAUAACCGCCAACGGUGUGGACCUGGACUGUGUGGCCAACAGCGGUGCCGUCAAGGUGUUGUCCAGCUCAGCGCUGCUCAACCUGGUGGUGCUCAGGUGUGGCAAGGUGCCAGAGUGGAAGGUGGCCAAGGAGAGGGUGUUGUGGUUUGAUGUCUCGAGGAGUCGUGUUGUGGGUCGACCACCGGUCAGUGAAAGUCCAACAUCCAAAGGAUUACCCAACAUUCUAGUGGAGAAGAAACUGGUACUCACCCUAGGGGGCGACACCGACUUCAUCGGCCUCAAUAUUCGUGGGGGGACAGAGUACGGUAUUGGGAUCUAUGUCUCUAGAGUCGACAAGGGUGGCCUUGCAGCACGUAGUGGUCUAGCACCAGGGGAUCAGAUAGUCAGGGUCAACGACACAGAUUUUCUAAACAUUACUCACACUGAUGCUGUGGAUGUACUCAGGUCUAGUGCUCACCUCAUACUCACUGUUAGGUCUGUUGGCAAGUACCCCGUGUUCAAAGAACUUUGUGCUGAAUACACGUGGAGCGACGGGCAGAGACACGCAUACAACCAACAGGUGCUGAGAAACAAAAUAAUCACAGCUCCAGGCAGAAGCCACGCCCACCACACACGUGAGAGCAGCAUUGACCAGGGACCCGGGGCUCGAGUGACGUCAGACGAUGAGUGGGAUUCUUCUGACCUUGAUGUCAUAGAAGACCUUGACCUUGCCCUGCAGGUUGAGUCUGACCGCUACCCGGGUGAGCAAAACAUCCUGUUCAGACGAGGACAUGAGGACACAUGGCAGGACAUUGAGAGUCUGAAGGACGUCCACUCCGGGUCUCUCUCAGACAACAGCCAGCACAGCUCAGACGUCAGCGAAUACGUCAUGGACUACACGACCUUCUUGCAGCAGACUCGUGACGUCACCCACACACUGAACCACGUGACCACGCCGGAAGAGGAGGAGCCGGUGAUUGAAACAACGGUGGAGGAGGUCGUCACGGAUUUCACCUCACAGCAGAAACCGAGACAAAUAAGUCACGUGGGUACGGACGAGAUUUACUCACAGGUCACGGAACUGACAGGUAAACGCACGCAGUCAAGCGUAGCGUCCAGUGUUAGGUCAGCUCCGAUAUACGCCACGGUGAAUAAGAGCAAGAAACACGAGACCAGUGCCAGAACAGGAAGUGACGUAGUGGUGCCAGACAGAGUGAAGGAGUGGCCAGACGAGGAAGCAGCCGACAGGGAGAUCCUGGCGUCACAGAUUGAACAGCUCGAGGCCAGGAAGUCCCAUCUGGGCUCGUGGGAGAUCACGAAAGCCGCAGGGAUAACUGUCAAUGGGGUGUCGGUCAACGGGACUUCGGUCAAUGGGACAUCUUCCUCGGCCGCCUCAGAAGUUUCGUCUGACGACACAGACCAUCGGAAAAAUGGGACGUGGUCGUCCAUAAAGAGCCGGAUAAAAGGAAGUUUCCGGAUCAAGGGAUCUGGCUACAAAAAACGAUCGUCUAUUCCUUCGUCUGAUGUGUUUUCAAUCGAGAAGAGCAGCAUCAGUUCCGGUUCGUUACGUCAGAAGGGCGUGUUUGAGCGGAGCUUCGGCUCGCAGAUCCUCAACACGUCGAGCGAGAGGUACAACCUGAUGGGGAUGUUGGAGGAUCACGCCAGGAUUCUACUCACGGAGGACGAAUGUAGGGCGGUCAUCAGGCACAUCCAUAGUUACCAUGACAACAAAGAUUUGGAACGACUGAUCCAGCUUCUCCUGGAGAUUCUAGACACAGACACUAAACGGUCGCUACUCGAUGACGUCAGGCGUGUUUUAGCGCCAAGCCACAUCAGUCGCUUUGACUCCCUGCUCACCGGGUUUCACAACAACAUCCUACACAUCUCGCCCAAGUCCAACUCUGAGAACAUAGCUGACAGACGACCUCUGUCAGCUCCUGUCAAACCUGCCAGAUCAGGUCAUCAGACCAACGGUAAAACUGGGUUUUACGACUUGACGUCACGACACCACGAAAUGACCAAUCGAGUCCCGUCUUUUACAGGUCAUGACCUUAAGGGAACACGGGAUCAACUGGAAGCGGUUAUAAUCGAGGACGAUGGUGAGGUCAAUGACCACCCAGUACUUAAAGAAAACGAACAGAUAGUUUACAUCUCCAAACACAAAGUAUUUCUAGGUCUGGAACUAGAGGGGGGCAGAGAUGGUUCGGGAGAUCAUCCCAUCAGGAUUAAAAGUGUCGUGCCUACAGGAGCAGCAUCAGACGACCAAAGACUCCAGCCAGGUGUAGAGGUGACCUGUGUCAAUGGAGUCUCUGUGGCUGGUAUGAGCAGGGAGGAGGCGACCAACCUCUUACAGAGAGCCUUCAGUCGCAAGAAGCCAACAAACCUUGGCAUUCAGAUUCGGCCUUGACACGGCAAACCUUGGCAUUGAUAUUUUACCUUGAUCAUGCUGCUCAGAUUCAACCUUGAUAUAACAAACCUUGGCAUACUAAUUCGACCUUGGCACGAUACCUUAGUACCGAUUGACGGUACUAAAACUUUAGAUAGAUCUAUGUGUUCAGAGAGUAUGGAGCAACUCGGUACAUUUUUCAACUGUACCAAGCUUAAGGUCUGCAAGCUUGCUAAGAAACAUGGAACCAUUUCAGAGGCUUUGCUAAGAAUUGUGGAACAUUAUAGGAAGGUGACUGUGCAUGGUAAACACACUACACAAGUGGGUUACACUUUUUAGCGUGAGGUAUGAUUGGCUGACUAAAAUAGACAAUUUCUAAAUUGAACGACUGUAGUUAUUUGUAAUUUCACAUUUUCGAUGCUGAGCAUUGUAUACAAAUUGUGAAUAUUUGUAGUAGAGUUUAGUUUUGAAUUAAAAUUUUAUUAGAGCGUGUAUAAAAAUUAGCUAGAGCGUUAAUUGAGAAAAAGAAUGAAAUAGAGAAAAUAAAGUAAAAUAAUGACUAAUCUCUAACAAUAAUUCGAGUCUAUGUAUAAUGACACUAUUGAUGGCAAUUUUGUUGUUUUGUUUUGAUCUAGCUUUUCGUCAAAAAGAGAUGAAGUCUGAAUCCUGAUUUGUUUUUGUUCAAAAAGAUUUAAACCAUUGUAAAUGUGAACAUUUUAUUAUUUUGUUCUAUCCUCAACAUAUUUGUAUUUGUAUCAAAGCUUCAUUUUAUGCAUUAGUGUUAGAUAUAUUUGUUUUACAAUGUUUACAUUACAUUGAUCCAGUAUGGGCCCAUGUAUAAAUUAUUAUAAUUGAUAUUAAAAUUCUACAAUAUUAGGCUACUUUGUAUCAUUUAUAAAUUAUCAUAUAUGCAGCUUUUUUGUGACCCUUCUUGAUCUCAUGCAGUCACGUAUGUUAUUAAACAAGCGUAGGCUUACAUAAUAUGUGGUCUCGUGUGUGGUUAAACAUACUUAAACACAUCACUUAUUCCUGCAAAUAAGUACUUGUUAGAAAAGAGUUAGAAUAUAUUCAAUGUGAUAUUUGACUGUAUAAAUUUUUAUAAACAUGAUGGGAACUUUUAUGUCAUGCAUUCUUCCAAAUCUAUUGAUAUAAAUAAAAUUUCGCUUU